GACUUUCUAAAAUCCUAGAUGUUCCUAAAACACACCAAAGCAUGAUAUGCCUGUCUUUUUCUUUUUUUUUCAGAUUUUUACUGUAGUAUAGAUAUGUCACUCAUGAUUUGAUUCCCAAGAGGAAAUACACUGCCAUUCCUUUAAAUACAUGGAUCAAAUGUAUAAAUUCAUAAGACCUCCUUUUAUUAUCAGAGCCAGAUUAAAUCUAUUUUUCUGCCCUCUAGAGAAUAAAUAAGCAGAGAGAGGAUGAGAGGUAACAGGGAAAUGGAGGAUGCUGCUCCCCUCUUACUCCUCCACCCCCCUCCCCCGAUUCCCCGCUACCUCCCGCACAAAAAAAAAAAAAAAAAAAAAAAAUCAAGGAGAGCGCUCAUCCAAGCUGAGUGGACAGCCAGCCAGCCAAUCAGCUCCUUGCACAUUGGCUCUGUCAUCAGGCUUGGAUAUUGAGGAAGGAUCCACUGCUCCGCUGCUGCUGCUGCUGCUGCUGCUGCCGCCUCUGCUGCUCUCGCUGUGUAUAUGUAUAUGUGAGUGUCUGUGUGGGCGUGUGUGUGUGUGUGUGUGUGUGUGUGCGCGCGCGUGGAAGCCUGAUGAAAUGAAAUGCCAGGAUUGGGCUACCUCCAGGGAGAGCCUCUCCAUCCUAUAAUGUGAGCCAGCCAGCAGCACUGUGGGAUCAGGGAGAAGCUGCAUCCAUCAAGUGACGGGCCUCCGGAGGACCAGGCGUGAUCCAACGGGAGGGGAGAUAUUUUUUUUUAAUUAUUGUUCUCUGCUGAGGAGAGAAGGGAUUGUCGUCAUCCCCCCAUCCAUCCUUUUUUUUUUCUCUGUGGUGCCCCCUCCUGCCUCCUCCGCCUCCACUCUCAUUUUUCCCCCUCAUUCUUCUAGAGGCACUCGUUGGAAUAUCAAACCUCCAUGUAUGACAAUUUGUACCUGCAUGGAUUUGAAGACUCGGAGGCGGGCUCAGCUGAUUCGUAUACUAGUAGACCAUCAGACUCAGAUGUCUCUCUGGAGGAGGAGCGGGAGGUGCAGGCCCAGGUCCAGAGCCAGAGCCCAAGCCAGAGCCAAGGACCGGGACAGAGCCGUCAGGAGAGGGAGCAGCAGGCCACCAUUCAACUGGAGAGAGCCAAGACUAAACCUGUGGCAUUUGCUGUAAGGACCAACGUCAGCUAUUGUGGUGCACUGGAUGAGGAUGUUCCAGUACCAGCCACAGCCAUCUCCUUCGACGCCAAGGAUUUCCUCCACAUAAAAGAGAAGUUCAACAAUGACUGGUGGAUAGGUCGGUUAGUGAAAGAGGGCUGUGAGAUCGGCUUCAUCCCCAGCCCUCUGAAGCUCGAGAACAUCCGGCUCCAGCAGGAGCAAAAGAGAGGACGAGUCCAAGGUAAGUCUGGAGGGAACUCUUCUUCCAGUGUAGAGGAUGAGGUAUCUGCCUCUAUCCGACCCCUAAUAUCCUCAGCAGGAAAGCAGAAACAGAAAGUGACGGAGCACAUUCCCCCGUACGACGUGGUUCCCUCCAUGAGGCCUGUAGUGCUGGUGGGACCCUCGCUCAAGGGUUAUGAGGUGACAGACAUGAUGCAGAAAGCACUGUUUGACUUCCUCAAGCACAGAUUUGAUGGCAGGAUAUCUAUCACACGUGUCACGGCAGAUAUAUCAUUAGCCAAGCGGUCUGUUCUCAACAACCCCAGUAAGAGGGCCAUCAUUGAAAGAUCCAACACUCGCUCCAGCUUAGCUGAGGUGCAAAGUGAGAUCGAGAGGAUCUUUGAGUUGGCGCGCUCCCUGCAGCUGGUGGUGCUGGAUGCUGACACCAUCAACCACCCAGCCCAGCUGCUCAAGACCUCCCUGGCCCCCAUCAUCGUGCAUGUCAAGGUCUCCUCGCCAAAGGUCCUGCAGAGGCUAGUCAAGUCCAGAGGAAAGUCCCAGAGCAAACACCUGAAUGUCCAGCUUGUGGCGGCAGACAAAUUGGCCCAGUGUCCCCCAGAAAUGUUUGACAUCAUCCUGGAUGAGAACCAGCUGGAGGACGCCUGCGAGCAUCUCGCCGAAUACCUGGAGGCCUACUGGAAAGCAACCCAUACCUCGAUGGCAACGCCCCUAAACCCCCUGCUGGGACGCAACCUGGGCCCAACCACUCUCACCCCCUAUCCCACCAGCAUCUCUGGACUGCAGAGCCAAAGAAUGCGACAGAGCAACCACACGGGAGAUCAUUCCACCCCGAACGAACGACGCAACCUGAUGACAUCGGACGAGAAUUACCACAACGAGCGGGCGCACAAGGGACGCAACCGCAUGUCGUCUGGUUCACAGCAUAGCCGAGAACAGCAGGACCCCUACCAGGACUACCAGGACCCCUAUCAGGAUGCAUACAAGCCACAUCGCAAUCGCAGUUCACCGGGCAGCUACAGCCAUGACUCCCGGCACCGGCUCUGAGCCCAAGUCUAUCACCACCGGGGCCCAAAUGGCCCAGAUACCACCCAAAAUAAACACUGCAACAGAGCCAAGAUGGUCCCAAAUUGUACCUUUUUGUUUUAGUUUGCGUUCAUUUGUUUUAUCUACCUGGCAAUUUUUCUCUUUCAAAGUCAAACAAAGUCAUGUUCAGGUGUUUGUUUUUAAUCAAGCUGCCAGGGCAACCCCAUCAAUCAACAGCGUGAGUAGUCAAGAGGUUCAGGAUGCCAACAUUAACUUAUGCUGUAAAAUCAAUUCCUCUAAUUUAUGUUACUGGGACCUUUUGGGAUUGUACUAACACGAUGCUCAGCAGACGUGCAGCGCAGAUUGUGCUUGUUGCCUGUGUCAGCAAGCUAAUUAUGGAUAGUGGUCAGAUGGUGAUGGUGUAUGGGCUUCUAAGUGCCUGGGACAUCGCACCAGGUCGGAGGGAGGUCCAUUGCACACAGACUGCUGAAGGCUGCUGACCCCUAUUGUGGGCCAUGUAUAAAUCCUCUCACCAUUUAGCUUAUUGCAUGCUGAUAGAUGAUCAACCUCCGCAUCCACUUCAUUGAUAUUUUGUACCCAGCGUUCUGGAUUCUCCCGAGAUGAGGUGUAGACACGGAGGUCCAAUUUUCUAAAUCACUUGACUGUGGAUAGGCGGAAGGUGCUGGGUUUGUGGUGGGGCGUGAAGAUGAUAUUUGGUUGCUAGUUUUGAAAACUGGUGCUUCACAUUCCCAAACUAUUUUGCUAUUUGAAAGUCACUUUGAGCAAGGCCAGCUUUUCUGUAGCAUAGCUUUAGGAUUUCAUUUGGGUGAAGACCCUCACCGUCAUAAGCAGAAACAGGUUCUGAUGGUGCUGGGAUCAGAUCUCAGUUACACUGUAGGGGAAGGCAAUACUGCUUCUGUUCUAAACAGGUAGCACUUAGCGAGUUAGAGAAGGAAAUAGAUGUGACAGUCUGUCAGAUAGUAUAGUGAAAUACAAUAGCAAAAUACUACUUGAGAUGCAUUUGAUGUUGUUGAGAUGUGGACCAGCAUAAAAACCAACGCUGCGAGAACCUUUCGAGCAGUUUGGGAUGUUCUGUCUGAUGUUUUUGCCCCUGCCAGCGUGAAUAAUAAGAUUUGGAACUUUUUAUUUAUUUAUUUUUUUAGUUUGACAGACCUGAAGGAGCAUCUGCUGCUGAAGCUACAGGUUGUUUUGCAUUUAUUAGCAAUGAAAUCAGUCAUUUAGAGGUAAAACAAAACGUGUACAUGUUGGUUACCAAGUCAAUAGUAAGUCAUGCAAUUGGUUAAUUGCUAUCAAUGUUCCUUCUGUUGGUUUUAGGGGAUUAAAGCAUUAAAAAUGUGACAUGGCAGGAAUCGAUUGCAUCAUGUUCAUUCUCUGUGUAGCUGGCAUGUUGUCCUGACUGCAGAGCAUGUUCCCUCCAAACGUAAAAUAGAACCCUUCUGUAAUCAAGUUGAUGUUUGUAGAAGUAUAGGGCACUUUUCUCCGAAAAAAACAAAAAAAAAAGAAGAAAAAAAAAAGAAAAAAAAAAGAAAAAGAUGGCCCAGAUUACAGAUGAAUGAUAUUUCUGGAACCAUGAGGUUUGUAACUAAAUACACUGAAAUGACACACUGAAAACUUAAAGUGUUGGUUUAUGUCAUUCAGGAAGAGUUUGAGUGGACUGCAUGAGGGGACUUCACAAUGAUAAUAGUUUCUCUUAAUUCAGAAUUUUGUUAUAUGGUAGAAAGUGCACUGAAACAACUGUCAAACAGUGAUAUAGCCCCAGCCCUCACAAAGACGUUCUGUUGAGAUAACAUGGGCAAUCGUUUACCGAACAAACAUGGUGCUUUGUACGAAAGCAGAGAGCUGCUGUGGUUGCUAAUCAUGAUUCCAAGGCUUGUUGUGAUGAUCAAAAUACACUGUACAAAUAUUAUUCUUUGAAGAUAUCAAAUUGUCUUGUGAUUACGACUUAUCUUAUCAUUUUCAGAUAACAAACCGUGGUAGCUAGCCCAUUUUAAGGCCAAGGCUUUGAAAUAAUGACACUUUUGGCAAAAUAAAAGAUUAAAUUGAACAAAAAUACUCAGUGUUUCCUUAGUUUAAAUGUCUUUAAGACAUCCGGCAAAAUAAAGCACCAUUUGCUAUCCUGAAACUAUGAGAUAGUUAAGUCGUUAUCUUUGAGUGACAAAACAGCCAUUAGAGCAAAAUUUGUUAUCUCAACAGUCUGUAGUCUAAAGAUAUGAAGAUAAUAAGGUUUAUAACAUUUUGGCUGCUCUUGGCUUCCGUUGGGGGAUAUGUGCGCUGACUAUUUCACGUACUUCCCUGGCAGUGUGUCUUCAACUGGUCUUUGUUCUGUGUUGUUUUACCACACAAGUAGACAGUUUGCAUUGCAAUGCCUCAAAAUGCUACAACCCACAUAAAAUUCAAGUAAUGUUAUUUUCUAUACCAGUAUGGAGGACCAAACCUGACAUAAAUUAAUACCUAAAUGAAUUGAUGAAUGAAUUAUGUCAUUUAAAAAGUUUUUAUGCUUUUUUAUUUACACUUUCACAAUCAAUUUAUUUUUUCUAGUAAGUCAAGAUUGUUCCUUCAUCUUGUGGCAUAAACCAAUGCAGACGCACUGCCAGAGAAAUAUAUUUUUCAAAGUGAAACAAACAAUUGAAUUUCCUGUUGUUUUCUCUGAUAUCAAAUGUGUACAAUGUGAAACAGAACACAUCCGUCAAAAAGAGUUUUCUUUGGCAUGUUUGGACGAAUCUUGAAGCUACUUUUAACCUUUAGACUUCUCCCCUUCUAACAACAACGAUGCACAGUAGUGACAGCUGCAGCACCAGAUUAGCUCGCUGCCUUACAAGCAGUGAAUGAACCUCUAAAAAAUAAAUACUGGCUCAAUAGAUGAUCCAUUCCCUUAAAUAUUGAGUCAUAAUGUUGUUUCUUGUCUGAGAUCUAUACAGAGUGCUAUCUAAAACCAAUAUGAGUGUAAUUCAUAGGGAUACUAAAGGUUGAAUAAAUAAUCUGGUUGCUCGUAGGAUUUAGCUUUCCUCUUUUAGUCUUGAUAAUAUCUCCUUUAAUUACUAAGAACACUAUUCAGGAGGAUAUUUCAUGCUGCUGUUGACAUAAAUUCUGUCCUACAUAAAAGAUAUUUGACUGUCCCCAAUAAUUUUACAGCAUGACACAGUUGCAAGACGUCUUGAAGAGACCUAAUUAGAAUAAGUUUCCUCCUCCCCUCACGCCACUGACAACAACUUAAAGCCUGACCUGACAUUAAAUGCUGAGAAAAUGUUUUCUGGUGCAAACAGCUCCUAAUUUAUUGAUUUAAACUUGAGAAUAGGGGUCAUAUCUUCUCAUAUAGAUGGAUCACUUUGUAUAGAUCUGGAUAAAAGGGAAAAAGUAAUGCUGAACAAUGUGUAUAGCACAAAAGAGGAAGUAAAAAAAAAUCAAGGUGGUUUUUGAGCAGCUGUUCCUACAAUGUGAAUCUGUUAUAAGGACAGAUUAAUUUAAGAAUUUCUUUCCCCAUAAAGAAGACUGCAAAUGAAAAAGAAGGUGUUAAAGUGCAUAAUGCUACUGUUUACAAGCACGCUUUUCUGUCUCAUUCUGCCCCAUAGCAUAAAAAUCCCAUUGGUUGAUUGAACAGGGAGCCAUUUUCCAUUUGAAAUCAAACCAACCAAUGUUGAGCUGGGCUGCUUGAGACAAUCAGAAGGGAUUUCCAGACCAGCGCCCCACCAUCCCUCUCUUUGUGAAUGCCCUAAAAUGAUGAGAGACAUUUGCCCUUUUGAGCUGUGGAAUUAGAUCAGUACAAAAUAACACCACACUCACCGACCUCAAAAAAAAAACUGCCCGUCCUGGCUUUCUUUUACAUUUGUUUCGCCUUUACCUGUGGUCAAACUUUUGUCUCCAAACAAAAUUCAUUGUUUUUAUUUUUCACAGAUAAAAUCUCAAGGUGACCACAAAAUACAAAACUUAUAGGGAGAUUUUUCUUUGGUAAAAUGUAAAACAAAAGAAAAAAAGAAACAAAAGAAGCAAAAGAACAAACAUUUAUUCCAGUAGAAAAGUAAUAGAUGAAUAUUUGCUGGCAAUUAUUUUUAUAACAAAUAAAUGUACAUAAUGUCUUUGAGAGAUGCUAUUUGCUGUAUACAUGUGCUGAAAUGAGACGACGACCCAUGUGGGACGCUUGGAGCAACAGCAAGGUCCAGUAUACAAAGUUUCAGUAAUGUGCAAUACAAAAACGGCAUGCUGUUUUAAAAAUGAGGAUCUUCAUGUACUGUACUAUGCAACCGCAAACUGUGUACAUCGCUUCAUGCUGUGGCUUCUCCAACCAACCACCCUUUUCCAAGCAGCUUCAUCUGGACUUUUAAGGGAAUUUUUGUGUUUAUUGUUUGUUUUUUUUUUUCUGUGGAAGAUGAAAACCUAAGAGGCUAAUGCGGUAUUGCAUGCAUAAUAUACCAUUCUAAUUUAUAAAAAGAAGUUAAAGAAAAAUACAUGAAAUUGGAGGUGAUUGUGUUUAAGGCAAGGCUACAAGUGACUUCAAACAUUUCUUUUUCAAAAUAAAAGAGUGGUUCUAAAGUUUGUGUAAAGUAUGUUUUUACUGUAGUGAAUGUUUGAUUAUCAAAAAAACAAACAAGAUUCACUCUCAUUUUCUUGUAUUGUGAUGUAUUUUGUUGAUGUUUUGAUUCACACUUUCUCUCGACUUUUAAUCAUUGACAAGCAAAAGGCAGAAAUUUUGGCACCACAAUAAAAUCACUUUUGUGUUUUCAGUA